AAAGUUCACGAAUUCUAUCGGUUUUACGUCCCGGAAAAAUCAAUUACGACAAAUCGAAAUUCCCAAUAAACCAGACCAAAAAUUCCGCCUCGAUUUAACCGUGGAGAUUUUCCAACUCCUCGGUGUACUUUGAUUCCAUGGCUCUGUCGUGCGACCAAAAUUCGUUGUCACCCGGAGCAGGUGUAGAAAAAUUCGUGCGCAAUCAUUAAACUAAAGUAAAGCGCGCACGAUAUAACGUUCGAUAACAACGUGACCAAUUGUUCAAACAUCAGAUAAUUCGAGAGAGAGAGAGAGAGAGAGAGAGAGGCCGAGCGAAACAGCGGGAGAUAUCGAGUCUGUAUAGCGCAAACAGAAAGAAUCUGGUGCAAUGGCGGGCUAUCGGCUUAUCAGAAGCAUUAAAGACGGAGAGGGAGCUACUCGGGCCGGAGAUAUCUGUCGGUGGAACGUGGAUGAAGAAAUAGCGCGAUUCAGUGUGCGCUAAGAAUUCGGAGGGAGCGCGUUGUUGGUGGUUUCGGUGAUCGAGGAACGAUGUUGAAAUACCAUCGACUGAUUCCCCGGGUCAGGUUACGAGGAGCGCGCUUAAUUCGAGUGUAUACAAAGUCGACAGUGGUUUUCUAUUCGUUCGUAGUAGUCUGUUUUCUCAUGUUUAUCUCGCUUAGAACACGGAGACUCUCAAAGCUGAAAGACCUCGCGGAGGUUAAGUUCGAGGAGCUGAAUUUGGAACUGAGCAGGCUACCGAGACCAGCGGAAGCGGAAGACUCUUGGAAGAGGCCGCGCAUCGAAGACACCGCGAUACUUUCGGCUUAUUUGGAGACUCGGCCCGAGGUCGUUCUCGAAGAGGACUCGAGUCUGCAGCGUGACAACCACGCCUGGGCAAUGAUCAGGAUCAUCGGCAUAAUACCGACGAGAUUGGAAAAGUCUCGGUUGUAUUGCUACCACAGAUACAGGUACAAAGAGAGUUGGGAGAGGAAGGAUGUUGUGUUCGAGGAGAAAUCGAUCGGCACGCGAUUGGCAGCGUACAAGGAAAAUUUUGGAAUGGCCAACUGCGCGGCGCACAUUCUCUGCGAAUUGCCAGGACGCCUGAACAGGAGCGAGCGGAUUCGCCUGCCGUACGAGGUGACGGUAACUUUGGAGGCCGUGGAAAACGCGAGGGAUCUGAGGGACCGAGAAUUCGUCGUCGUGCGUUAUCCGAAUAACGGUUGGAAAGAUGUGAGCGAUGAGAGCAGGCCGAGGGAGGACGGCGUGGCCGUUUGCGUUCAACCGCUUCAUCACCGGUUCGGCGACGACCUCGAUCUGGUCGCGUUCGUCGAAUUUUAUCGGGGCAUGGGGGUCAGCAGAUUCACUUUUUACAGGGACUCGGUGAGCCCUCGGGUGAACAAGGUCCUCGAGCACUACGUCGGUGAGGGAAUAGUGACGAUGAUCGAUUGGAAGCUGCCAGAUUUUUAUGCUUUCGAGAGGAAUCUCCGGGUCGACGGUAUUUUCGCGGCCCUCAAUGACUGUCUUUACAGAAGUACUUUCCACGCUGGUUAUCGAUACGUUGCGGGGGUCGACGUCGACGAGUACAUAGUGCCGAAGGAGCACGAUAAUUUUCAACAAAUGAUGGAGCACUUGAAUCCCCGGGGCAACGAUGAGCAAAUUGGCGCGUGGAUAUUUCGAAACGUUUUUUUUUACCUCAUGCACCCGGACGACACGAGCACUCUAGCGCCAAAUCUUCCGAGACUGAAACUCCACGUGAAAACGUGGCGCUGGCGAAAGACGAAUUCUGCAUGGGAUCGGAGCAAAUUUAUCGUCCAAGGACGCGACAUCAUUGAUUUGGGCAAUCAUCGCGUGUGGUUGACCAAACGAAGCUGGUCGAUUUUCGGGAGACGCUACCGGGAAGUCACCGUUGAACCCAAAAUAGCGAGCUCUCAUCACUACAGAAAGUGCGAAACAAAGAUCGAAACCUGUUGGCAAAGAAGUACAGAAAUCGACAGAACGGCGCAUCGAUUUACGGCUCGAGUCGCCCAAAGGGUCAGCGAUGUUUUGAGAAUCGUUUUUCCGGACGAAGCAUCUCGCCCGGGAUACAACACUAGCUUACCUUGACGAUAGAUGGGGAAUUCGCCGUCGCUGUGACUGUGCCUCAACAUUCUCGCGGAGUAGAAACGCCGCCACGAGCCUCGUUUCCGGUCCCUCGUCGAGUUUCCGGCAACGAGGAUCGCCUCGUCUCUCGCGAGGCUCAAUAGACUCGCCACCUCUUCGAAUCUCAGCUCGGCCACUUUACAACUCUCCUCCACUUUCGUAUGCUGGCCCAAAAGAGACGCCUCGACGAUCUCCUGCCUCCGGUGUUUGUCCAAUCGAUUCGAACAGCUUCUUCCGGAAUACAGCCUCGAGGCUCCGUGUGUCUUCUUGGCUUAUUCACCCAUCGGCGCUGCGGAGCGGCUAACGGUCAGUCUAUAUUUCAACGUGUCCAAACGCACAGUCGGAAUAUUCUGUUGAUUGGCAAACUCGUCCUUCCAUCGAUACGACGAGAUAUCCACGGAUCGAGCGAGCAAAGAAACUCUUCGGGGCGCUUCUUCUACCGAUUUUCAUCUCGAAUGGUCGUACUAAUAAAAGCUUUAAAGCUCCUUAAAACAGAGGAGUUAUGAAAGAUUAGUGAAUCGUGAAAAGACUUGAAACGGCGACGCACAAACUGUUAUACGAAGAUUAAACGAACAGGCGUCGUCGAGAGAAAAGAGAACGAGAGGACGACGAUCGUCCGGGACGGCUUCGAAGCGAACACUGCUACGACGAUAGUUGACGCGGAGGGCGAGAGAAAGAGCCCACGGAGGGAGAGAGAGAGAAAGUGCGAGGUUGCGGUACGAGAGCAAACGGCGCAAGCUUGGCCGAAAAGCGAGCUGUGGAACCACAUCAUCCUAUUUUGUCUCGCGACUACACCCACGACCUAUCCUCCGGAAAAACCUAUUGGGAGAGAGGCCACGACGGUGCAUGCUUCUUCACCUGCGCAGGGAGAACGGAAAGUAGAAUAUCGCCUCUGUAACUAUCUCCUCUCGUGAGCCACGACACGAGCUCUUCUCGAUAAGCUGAGCUGCUCUAUCCUCCAAACGACUCUCGCCUCGCUGGACCAACCGAGGAAGCGAGAGAAAGAGAGAGAGAAAGCAAAGGGACAAGGACGAGUUUGCGAGUGUGGCGCUCGUGACUCGGCUAGGGGGUCAAGGCCGAAUCACGAGAUCUUUCUCUUCGGUGCGAGGGUACGGACGAUCGAUCACCAACCUCACCGUUGCGUAGCCGACUGUCGUUAAUACCGAUCUCCACUUUUUCCGUUAACAAUCACAUUCGCUCUUUGAUUUACUGCCGGUUGGUGUUUUACGACGCGGAUCAAGAACCUCGGUAGAGAAUCGACGGUGAGCAUUGUAAAAUCAAGCCGCAGUGUCAAACUACCCAUCGUCGCUCUUACAUUCUCGAAUUUCAAGCUUUUCAGGCCUAUUUCUCUCAAACUUCUCUCAUAGAAUGUGUCGAGUUGAGAAACUUGAAGCGGAGGACUAUUUUUUCUCCACCUUCGCGCCCUGUUAACCCUCACAUUAUUACACAGUUUAUUUUUCAGACGUGGCUGACGCUCAUUUAAUUUUUCAGCUCCUCGAAUACACCGCCCCGUUUUAGCCUCCCACCACUGGUGAAAAUUUGUAUCAGCAUCCGCUGCACGACUCGUGUCUGCCUCAAGAGUAUGGAUCGGUCGACUAACCUCACUUGGAAUUUUCGAUAUCGAAAUUCUUCGAGACAGUUUGACCGAUUAAAAAAAAGCUCUGCCAGCCUACGCAGAACGAUGACAAAAAUCGACUGACAGAGCCUUUUUUUAAUCGGUCAAACUGUCUCGAAGAAUUUCGAUUUCAAAAUUUGCAGCUAUCUCUCUCUCGCACCGACUGAUCCAUCCUCUCAAGGAUGCUACUCGGUUAUCCGACUAGUCUGGUAACCUGGUGACUGGGGAAAAGUGUACAGCUACUCCGUGUGAUUUCUCAUAAGAGGCCAUGUUAACGUGACUUGUCGAGGCAGAAAAUAAAUUACAGAUAUUUCGCGUUACAA